AUGAACCCACUAGUUAUUGCACCUGGAGGCUUCUUUGAUGAAAAUUGGUUUAAAGAAUUCCUAAGCAAAUCAAGUGAAUGGCCAGAUGUGGUCACACGCCAUGUUUAUAACCUUGGAUCAGAAAUCUACUUACAUGGUCACAUACCCGACAAAAUUCUUUAUCCAACCUAUCUUGACGGAGCGGCUGGCACAUUCAGCAGCCUUAAAAAUGUACUUCAAAGUUCACAAACUUCAGCUAAGUCAUGGGUUGGUGAGGCUGGUGGUGCUUACAGUAGUGGCCGCUAUCUUGUAUCUAAUGCAUUUGUCAACAGCUUCUGGUACUUGAAUCAACUAGGCAUGUCAGCUACUUAUGGCACCACAACAUAUUGCAGACAGACUUUAAUAGGAGGAAACUAUGGUUUAUUGAAUACCGCUACUUUCAUGCCAAAUCCAGACUAUUAUUACAGUGCUCUUCUUUGGCACCGACUCAUGGGAUCACACGUCCUGUCAACUACCUUUUACGGAACAAAGAAGAUCAGAACGUAUGCACAUUGCGCAAAGGAAACUAAGGGAGUCACAGUACUGUUUCUGAAUUUGGACAACAGCACCAUAGUUGAAGCAAGAAUGUCCUUUCAUUUUGGUGAUAUUCCUCCAUUGAAUCCUAUACAUGUUGAUCCUUCAAAGCCAGUACCAGUUGCUCCUCUCUCUAUUGUAUUUGCUCAUAUACCAGAUAUUAUUACUAAAGUUUGCAGCUAG